ACGGAGAGGGGCCCCGGAGUGCACGCACUGGCGCGGUGUUAUUAUGUGGCCGCACGCAGCCUUCCGCGCACUUCCCCGCCACCCGCCGCCGUCGAUUUAUAAACAACACAAAAACAAUAUUAUAAAUGCUAUGAAGUCCACACGAUUUUUGAACGAGUCUCAAACGGUUCUAGUGAAACAAUCAUGGCCCAUGAUAGUUUCAAAUAAUUUUUGGACUACAUUUUAUAUUAAUCUAUUCAAGAGAAGUCCAUCAUAUCAAUUACAGUUUGAUCGCUUCGCUCAUGUUCCAUCCGAAGAGCUUGAAUCGAACGUUCACUUUUUGGCACACACUUUUAGGACCGGAUUUGCGUUUAAUACUGCUAUUGAGUUCUUGGAAAUACCCGAUGAGUUACACAAAAUCCUCGUGGAUUUGGGAGAAAAACAUCGCAAGUUUCGUCUUACGGUCGAACAUUUUGAGAUCGUCAAAGACCUACUGAUAUGUAUGAUUGAGGACCGCGUAGUGCCGACAGACGUACCUGUCAGAGACGCGCUUCUGGUGGAGGCGUGGAAGCAGUGCAUAACCUUGGUGAUCGGAGUGAUCAUGGAUUCCGCGACCGCCACGGUUAAUUAA